AUGGCAUCUGCAAAGCCUGCCUAUAUCGAAAUUGCCGAGCGCAAGCAAAAGGCGCUAGCCGCUGCAAUUCCGUCGGAAUGGAGAUUGCCGGCGCACUUGAUUCCCGAGGGGAUGCUCUCGCCGGCCGAGUCAAUCACCAAGGGACCCAAAGAUUAUGGCCGAAUCAGCGUGAUGGAUAUUCCGCGCACUUGUGGAAUUCUGACCCCGACGGAACUCGAUAUCACAGAACAGUAUGAUGUACGGCGACUACUGAAUGCUAUGGGAGGCGGGAAACUAAAGGCCGAGGAUGUGAUUCGGAGCUUUUGCAAGAGAGCAGCCGUGGCUCACCAAUUGACUCGCUGCAUCACGGAACCUCUGUUUGACCGGGCGCUGCGCCGGGCCAAAGAGCUGGACGAUCGUUUCAAACGAUCUGGUCGGCCGAUUGGACCUCUGCACGGUCUUCCUGUUUCAGUCAAAGAUACAUUUUGUAUCAAGGGAGUCGACACGAGCAUCGGUCUCUCCGCCCUUGCAUUCAAGCCCGCUGCGAAAAACGCCGACCUCGUGGAUCUGCUUGAGUCUCUGGGCGCCGUUAUCAUCGCCAAGACCAAUAUUCCGCAGACUCUCGCCACGCUGGACAGUUGUAACCAUUUAUUCGGGCGCACUUUGAAUCCACUGAACCGGCAAUGGACCGCCGGCGGAAGUACCGGUGGCGAGGGUGCUCUGGUGGCCAUGCGUGGAUCGAUGGUGGGAUUCGGCACCGACAUUGGGGGCAGCAUUCGGAUUCCGGCCAUGUGUCAGGGUCUCUAUGGAUUCAAACCUAGCGAUGGACGUGUUCCAUACGGCGGCCAAGAAGGAGGGCAGAUCGAAGGGAAAGGCCGAAUCUCGAUCCAGCCGGUGGCCGGUCCGCUGGCACGGUCCGUCGCAGAUAUCGCGGCCGUCAUGGCUGAGAUUGUGCCGCGGGCGGAGCUCUUUGGAGAGGAUUGUAUCCCAGGAUACUGGCCCACUCCUUCUGUCCCGACAUCUCUGACCACGCCUCGCAACUUUACCGUGGGUAUCCUCAAGACAGAUGGUCUGGUCACGCCACUGCCGCCGAUCACACGGAUCCUCGACGAGGUAGCCGCUCGCUUGCGCCGAACUCCCGGCGUGGAGGUCGUCGAUCUCCCACUGCCCAAGGUCCUGCCCAAAUGCCAGGCCCUUGCUGGCCGAUUGAUGGGUAUCGACGGCGGAUCCCACAUGCUUGAUUUGAUCGAGAGCAUGGGCGAGCCGCUGACGCCCUGGCUCGAGGGCCGGAUGAAGCGCGGCAAGGCCCUGACGAUCCAACAGCUUGCACAGCUGCAGGCGCAGCGUGCGCAAGUCGAGAAGGAAAUGUUGAAGAUGUGGACCCUUUCUUCUCCAUCCCGGACACGCCAGAUCGACGCGAUCAUCUGUCCGGUAGCACCACAUCCGGUUCCUCAGAUGGAUCGAUACAAUGCGGUGGGAUACACGUCCACAUUUGUGCUGUUGGAUUACCCUGCCGGUGUGGUGCCGGUGCGGGUUUUCGCCGAGUCGGACCUCGAGCUCGGGCGAGAGAUGAAAGAUCCCGUGUUGGGAAGCUGGGAUAAGGCAAAUCGUCAACUGUGGGACGAGAAAACUGUCGAUCGUCGGGUCUACCUGGAUUCGCCAUUGAGCGUGCAGGUCGUGACCCCGAAACAGCAUGACUACGAGCUGUACCAGGCGAUGGAACUCAUCGAUCGGGCGGUGCAAGGCCAGGAAGGACAAACCCCGGCAAAGCUUUGA